AUGAUUAUUGAGAAGAAAAUUUCUGAUGAAGAGAAUCGUUGGUUAUGCGCGACACCUUCUAAAUUGGAAGUGAAGCAAGCUGUUUUCUCUAUCCCAAAGAAUAGUAGUCUGGGGCCUGAUGGUUUUGGAUCGGGUUUUUAUAUGUCUUGUCGGGAUAUCAUCAAAGAGGAUGUGGUAGAGGCUGCUAGAGAUUUUUUCAGGGGUGCUCCAUUAUCCAGGUUUUACUCCUCCUCUUUUAUUGUUCUUAUUCUGAAAGUGCCUGAACCUUCCAGUUUUGAGAAAUUCCGUCCUAUUAGUUUGUGCUCUAUGGCUUAUAAAAAAUUUUCGAAUAUUAUUGUGAAUCGUCUUAACUCUAUUCUUGAUAGUUUGGUCUCUCAUGAACAAGCUUUUGGUUUCUCUGAAGAUGUUUGCCAAAUUAUUGCUAAUUGUGUGCAGUCUCAGUGGUUUUCUAUUAUGAUGAAUGGUACCUUUCAUGGUUAUUUUCAGUCUGCUAGGGGACUUCAUCAAGGGGAUCAUCUUUCUCCUUAUCUUUUAAUCCUCAUGGAAGAAGUGUUGACGAGGCUUCUCAGAAAAAAUUUCGAGGAAGGUCGGAUUGGCAAAUUUAGUCAUCCUAUUAGUGCUCCUUUGGUUUCUCACUUACUUUAUGUUGAUGACAUCCUUAUUUUUGCUAAUGAGGGUAAGAGGAAGAGGAGCUUGUUGAGUCUUAUGGGCUUUAAGGAAUGUAAGUUUCCUGUUACCUAUUUGGGUGUGCUGUUGGUUUCUGGUAGAUUGACAACCCAGGAUGAGGACAUUCUUAGAGAGCUGGUUAGUGAGAAGGUUGUUGAGGAAAUUUUAUAG